AUGUCCCGACCAGAGCAUCUAUUGCCUCCAGAUCUCUUCUACAAUGAUAGAGAAUCCAGAAAGUAUACUUCGUCUUCUCGGAUACAAAAUAUCCAGUCAGAAAUGACCCGUAGGGCUCUCGAACUCCUAGAGCUUCAAUCCCCUUCAUUAAUCCUGGAUAUCGGCUGCGGGUCCGGCCUAUCUGGUGAAAUACUGUCGUCGGUUCCCUCCUCUGAAAGCGGCCCGCAUAUCUGGGUGGGAAUGGACAUUUCUCCCUGCAUGCUUGAUAUUGCUCUUCAAAGGGAGGUUGAGGGUGACCUUUUUUUGGCGGAUAUGGGCCAAGGAGUUCCUUUUCGACCGGGUACCUUCGAUGCUGCUAUCAGUAUCAGCGCCGUGCAGUGGCUAUGUAACGCUGAGGCAACGGACGUUAACCCUGAAGGACGGCUACGGCUAUUUUUCGACGGGCUAUAUGCCUCUUUACGUCGUGGAGCUCGUGCUGUAUGUCAGUUUUAUCCUAAAAAUGAUGCACAGCGAAAUAUGAUCAGUGCAGCUGCGAUAAAAGCCGGGUUUGGUGCCGGUAUUUUAGAGGAUGAUCCUGGUACAAAGAAUGGAAAGUUGUACUUGGUAUUAACUGUUGGAGGUGGUGGACUACAGGGUGAUAUUACCGGUAUCGUACAGGGAAUGGAUGACGUUGAAAUCUUGGAUGUAAGAACAAAGGCUGAAGGUUCAAAAAAAGGAUCUAGAAACCCAGCAGAUAUCAAAGGAAGCAAGCCCUGGAUAUUGAGAAAGAAGGAUCAAAUGACAAGGAAAGGAAAAGUCAUCAAGGCUAAUUCGAAAUAUACCGGAAGGAAGAGGGGGCCAGUGUUCUGA